CAGCGCAGCGAGAGAUAUUUCCUAACUUUCCAUAGCGAUUAAUGUCUCCACUUAUGUUAGUAUGAUGUUAAUUCAACGAUACAUUAGUCUUGCACACCGAUGCGUCAUAUCGCCAGCUUUCGUCGUUUGAUAAUGCGUACUUCCAUCUAAACAGAUUGUAUGAAGGAAGAUCCUGGCUCACGGUUUUCUUUCAAUCAUCAAGGAAAUAGUAAAUGGUAUACGGAGUGGAAAUCUUUUCGGACUAGGAUUUCACCAGAAACUAUUAAACUUUCAGCUAAAAAGAAAUACCAUCUGAUAUAUGAUUCUGAGCAACAUGGAGACCUUGGAGGAUAGAAAGAACGCAAUGGAGGAUUCCGGGGAUCCGAGGAAAAAUUCAGAGGCAGUAGAUACAGAGAAAGACAAAAAUGCUAAUGAAUCUGGCAAGAAAUCGAACAAAAUAAACAAUUUGACUGAUGCUCUAGAGCAAAGUGAAGACUUAGAAUCAAAGACAGAUGUGAAUACAUCAAAGGAUAACAUCAGCAAUGAGUCUGAUGUCAAAAGCCGCAAACAAUCUGCUAAAAACGAUAGUGGAAUUCAAGCAGAAUCGCAAGAUAAUAACAGUGUUGAAAACAGACUUGAUAGCAAGGAGCCUGAUGUCUCUAAAAGUACAAGUGAGGAAACACGGGCCUCAGAAACAAAAUCAUCUUUAUCUCUUGUUAAAGACGUCAAGAUCAAUGGAGAAGAGAUUAAAGGGGAAAGUGCGGCUAAGGAGGGCAGGAGAAAACGGAGAAUGUCAAGGUUAGUAGAUACCUUUCUACAAGGUAGAGAUUCUUCGAUAGAAAAGAGCGAAAGGCUUAACAAACGCAAGCGAUCUAGGAGUGACGAAGAUAAAUUCUGCUGGAGAUGUCACAAAGAAUCUGUUGACAGCCAUUGUACCGCGUGUCCACGUUCCUGGCAUCGCCGAUGCAUGGGUGGAGGUCCACAACCGACACCGCAAAAUUGGAUUUGCGGCGAGUGUGCUACUAUUUUAAAAGCAGAAAAUGCAGAAACACGCUCACCGGCGAUGGCUCAAUUGACUGUUGAACAGCUCUGUACACUACUGAGACAUGUAGUUGGAAGAAUGCGCGAUUAUCCAGGGUCGGAGCCAUUUUGGAAGGCGGUGGAUCUCAACGAAGUUCCCAACUAUUUGGACUAUGUUGUUAAGCCAAUGGACUUGAGUCUAUUAGAAUCCAAUGUCCGUGCAAAACUUUAUGGUAGCACGGAGGCAUUUAUGGCGGACGCUAAGUGGAUACAGCAUAACUGCAUUGUGUUCAAUACUUGUGGAGGCGUUUACACAGAUACCUCUAAAUUAACAAAUGCUGCUAGGCAGAUCAUAAAAGCUGCCAGGCAAGAGGUGUCUGAGAUUGAAGCCUGUUCUGAUUGUUAUGGACAUGCGCGAAACCUUCCCAGACCUCAACCCUCUUGGUUCAUUGAACCCUGCCGAAGGCCUCAUCCACUUGUUUGGGCGAAACUAAAGGGAUUCCCAUUUUGGCCAGCCAAAGCCAUGUCUCGCAUAAAUGGCCAAGGGCAUGUGGACGUGCGAUUUUUUGGAGCUCAUGAUCGGGCUUGGGUACCAAUUCGUGAUCUAUAUUUAUAUUCCGAAGAUCCGCCUGCACCACUCCCUCGUAAACGAAAAGCAGAUAUGGACGAAUGUGUUCGUGAAAUAACGCGCCAUUGUCGAAAGCUGGAGUUGGCAUUUGGACAGUUUAAAUUUGCACCACCGAAAAUACAGUACAAUCCGAGAGAUCCGUUGCAGAUAAAACUAAUGCUACCUAAUUAUGAUCCUCUUCAGCCCAGCACUCCUACUGUAAUAUCUCCCAACACUUCACCCCGAAGAAAACCACCCCUGAGAAAGCGAGGUUUUCAUCUCAAGAAGAAAUCAUCUUCUGAGGAGUCAACGACAAACAAUGCUUCUGAUUUCGCUAAUGAUUCAACACCACCUCGGGGUGAUUCGGAUAACGAUUGUGAAAAAUAUAUCGAAGCAUCCAGAAUACCUAAGGUGUCACUGUCCAACAAGCUCAAUAAAUCCAAGUUGCCACCACUUGCUAAAUCUAAUGAAAAUCAAAAAGUGCUCCACAAAUCAUCCGAUAAUGGAAAUUUUCAUAAGAAGAAAGGCAAGAUGAAUCAUAAUCGAAGUAAUACUUCAAACAACAGCGAAAACUUGGAUGAUAGUGUGAAAACAGACGAUGACACUCAACUAGAGCAAAGACAUCAAUAUCAAAGAGGAUGGGAUGUAAAUAACAGUAGCGACGGACGUAGCAGUUCUGAAAACGAAGUCUCACUCGAAAUAAGAAAAUCCUCAAAUUUCGGUAGCGUUAUAUCACAUAAAGGAGAGGAUGAUGCUCAAGCAAAUAAUACAAAAGCUCAUAAUAAUCUAUGUAAUGAAACGAGAUCUGUACAAGAUUUGAAAAUCAAAGUCAAAAACAGUCCAAAACUCAAUAAAAAUCCUAGAGUCUAUAAGCCAAAAACUAGAAUGGUGAAUCAAGUUAAUGCGGAGCGAGCAAAAGCCACAGCCUCAAAUGAGCAAAAAGAAUUGGUUGAAUGCACAGAAAAUAUUAAUUCUCGUCAGGAUCAACCGUUAAUUAGGCUUCUAGUACCUGCAAAUAGUGGUACAAAAUCUACUGCCACUGUGAGUGAUAUUUUUAUAAGUAAGGCUGUUACUAUAGCUAAUUCUGUGUCCGUCCCUAAGAACCCUAUGAACAGUGUUAGUAAAUCUGUUUAUAAUUCAAACUUGAUUACUGCCACUACUGUUAGUCCAUCAAGUACAAUAACAUCAGCUUCAAAUGCAGAUCCUAUUGCAUCACCCUCAAUGGGUUCGAUUUUUUUAACAAAUAUCAACCUACUGGAAUCCACAAAGCAAAUGAAUUCGACAAAGGACUGUUUAAGCAUAAGUGAAGAAACAGCAAUGAUUAAACAAGAGCCGAAAGAUCAACCACAACAUCAUACACCAAAAAAGGAGUCUAAGGCACGUAAAUCCUUUCUUAACAAACCUCCAAUGUUUCCUCAAAUUUCGCCAACAUCCCCGCCUAAAGCUCCAGCAAGUCCACCCGAUGCAAUGGUUUAUAUUCCGGGACACAGGACAGAAAGUGAACAUGAUCACUCGCUGCUACCUCCGGAGGCAGGACCUCUUAGUGCGCAGCUUCACCGAGGUGGUCAGGAAUUAGCCAAGCGAAUGGCAGAGUUAAUGGAAGAAGCACUAGCUGAAGCAGCUGAAAUAAAUUCCAGUAACUCAGAUAACUGUGGAACCAAUCAACGUGCUACGGUGCACUAUCUCAAACUGCAGAUUGAACGCAUGAGGUGGCAGCAUCAACAGCACCUAGCUGAAUUGAAGCACAACACAGAUCUGACACUGAGAGAAAUGAGAGCUAGUUUAGAGGCUGAAAGGUAUCGGGCCAUUGAAGAAACUAAGCGAGAGGCUGAGGAAGAGAAAUUAAGAAGUAUCGAGGAAACAAAACGGAAGCAGUGGUGUGCAUUGUGUGGAAACGAAGCAUUAUUUUACUGCUGUUGGAAUACAGCAUAUUGUGACUAUCCUUGCCAGCAAGCUCAUUGGUCUACUCAUAUGAGAACGUGUGCGCAAAAUCCACCAUCAAGUACCAUUAUUACGGCAACUGCGAAUGUCAGUCAACAACAGGUGAUGCCUAGGCUUGUAAUUACUUCGCCACACGCGUCAUCUAACGUUUGGGGGGCCUAGAACUGAAAUUAGUGAAAGUUCUCAGAUUCACUGCUUUAUGAGAAUUAAAUGAACAUCCACUUAGAAAUUAUUGAUGUUAUUAUGCUAACUUAUGCUCUCAAAUAUAAAUAUAGUAUAUAAUAAUACAUUUAGGAAUCUGUGGAUAGAAGUUAUAGUGGGUAAUUAACUACGAUUUUUAUAUGCUAAAAAUAAAAUGUAUUAUUUUGUGACGAUAAUAAUAAGUGAUAUCAUUAAGACAGAUAAUUUUUGUAAAUCAAGGCCGUGAUCAAGGAUAAUUACCAAAUGUUUGACACGUGCCCAAUAGUUGCAAAAUAUUGAUUUCGUUAGAAAUCAUUAACGUAUAGACGAUUCUUUUGAUUAUUAGUUUUUAACGACUUGUAUUUCCCAUAAAUCGGUUUGAGUAAUUAAUAAUGCAACGACCUCGUUAAACAAGGAGUGUAUAUACCAAAUUUGGGUAGUUCAAAUAUUUAUAGAUCUUAUUUAAACCAGUUUUGCGCUGAACACUGUGCUGUAAAGGAGUUAUAAGUUGUAUAAAUUCUUACACUGUAGCGUACCACCAUUAGCCCCUUAUAUUGGAUAGUUUAUUGUAAAUGAAUGAAACUUGUCAGGCGUAUUGCAAAAAAAAAAAACAUUACAAUUUUUAUCAUUUCAGUGAAAGUGUCAAAAGUUAUGAAUAAUGCCGAAUAAUAACCAAUCUCUUCACCAAGUCUUUAAAAUCAGGCAAUCAAUAGUAGUGAACUGAAAACAAAAUUUGAUGUAACAAAAUGUCAAAACGUAUUCGAAUACGGAUAUCUCUCAUUAACUUACUUGGCCAAAUAAAUUCUCUGAGUAUUAAAGAUCCAAAUAUUUUAUUACAAGUUGGGGUAAGUUUACAAUCUGAAACUAGUAUUAGAAUUCACGAAGAUAUUUUAUAUUCAAUAUUACCAAUGUUGUUGCACAGGUGCGUUGUUCAGAAAAACUUUAGCGUCCUUAUUGCGUAAAGCGGCUACAAAUUUUGUUUUCUAUAUUUUUAUCGACAUAUCUAAUAUGUGGAUUACAGUUUUAGCAAAGCAGAAUUUAACCAUAGUUGAUUUUUUUUAUUAUUCUGUACAAACUCUUAAAACAUUCGAAAUAUAGAUCGUAUCAGUUAAUGCAAUGUAAAAUGAUGACAUGAAUUUAGAAUCAGUCUUACGAGAUAAUACUUGGGCUGUUGCAAUAAAAAUAAAUGUUUACAUUCAUUAAAGUUAUUCUUUCAUUUUAUUUAUAUCAUUAUUUUUAGUUAAUGGUUUGAAUUUAAAUAACUGCUUACUGGUUCAUUGUUGUUGGAUCUUCCAAAGUGUUUAGCAAUUGAAUUAUAAUACGUAUUUUAAUAUUUCUCUAUAAUUCUUGAGUGGUCCUAAUUAAUCAUAUGGCUCUGUUCACAAUAUUCAUUCUCUCCAAAAUGAUGAGUUCAGGCUUAUGUAAACCACUAGACAUGCCCGACAAAUCAAGUAAUUAAAUUGAGGCAUCGGCAAAGUAUGCAACCCGAAUUAAUGGAAAAUAUUGCAUGGAAGUUAGGAAUAGUUGAGGGGUUCGUAAGUGUGUUGUAAAGGAAAUUAGUAAUAUGUACCUAAUGAGAUUUGUACAAAUAAUUGAGUGUCAGAUUUUUCAUCUGACAUGUAAGAAUGAUUAUACUUCUACUGAUAAAAUCUAAGCAAGCUUGCAGAUCCAGGACUCACCCUCUUCUAUCAAAGUUGACUUCUUUACUUACAAUUCGGAAUAUGUGGUAAGGUCACAAAAAAUGCGCGCCAAUGAGGUGUAUAUUUUGACACGAGCAGAUAUACUGUUAAUCUUAAGUAAACUAUGUUUCUAUUAGAUUGACAAAUAGAAAAUGUGCGUAUAAAAUUUCGUUAAUGUUGAUAUUCUUAGCAUAUACUGUAUGUAAUUAGUACUUCAUCAAGUUUUUGUGAAAAAUCGCUGUGUAUUUAAGCUUAUUGGAAAACUUUAAUAUUGUGAAGUACUUAAAUAAUUAAACAUUUGUAAAUUAUUCGCUACAAUAGUUAUCAAUGAGUUAUUCAAUUAUAAAUUUACAGCAAUGUAAGAAUUGAUCAAGUAACGAAGAUAAUAGUCAUUUUGAUAAACACAAUGACGAACACGCUGUUCUACUUCAAUUAGUGUGCAUGCGCGAGAUUAUCACUGGUAACAGCUUUCUCUUUUGCCGAUUGUACAUAAUCCCCAGUAGUGUAUUAAUUAUGAAUAAUUCAUU